AACCCUAGUGGGAUCGUCUCUAGGGUUUAGUCGCGCUCGGGCACGCACAGCGUAGGUUUCUGGGCAGAUCAUAGAUUACAAUUGGGGGAGAGGAAGAAGAUCAUCGCAGUAGCAUUGGACAGGUGAUGGGAUUUGUAUGAGAUGCCAGCGUCUCAGCCAGCCGCCGCGCGUAUCAACUUACAGGAGCUCAAAGCCCGGCUCUCCAAGAUCCUGGGACCGGACAAGGAGAGCCAAUACUUUAGCAUUUUUUCCAGAUUUUUGAGCCACCGGCUGAGCAAGACCGAGCUCGACCGCCAAGUCGUGCUCGCCAUCGGCAAGGAGAACGUAGCUCUCCACAACCAGCUGGUGCGAGCGAUCCUCUACAAUGCCGCGGUGUGCUCCCCCCAGGCGCCGCUCCCGCCGCUGCCCGCCGCCGCCGCCGCGAUCCUCACGUCGCCUCGUAAGAACAGGACGGGGAUCCGCAAGGCAAAGGAGACCUUGAAGCGUCCGCGUCUCGUUCCCGGCCACCACCUCGACAAAGCUUCGCCGAGAGAGGACGGCGCCGCCGCCGCGAUCACCACCACCACCACCUCUCCUCUCUCCGCGGAAGAGGCGGCGGCGGCGGACGAGCAGCAGCAAGAGUGUACAUUAUGGAACGCCUGGUCGGUGCGAGCGCCGCUAGGGACACCGUUUUGCGUGGGAAGUGUGGGAUCGGCCCAGCGAGCGGCGGUGUUGAAGCGGCCGCCACACCACCAUCACCACCACCACCACCACCACCACCACCUUACACAUUCUUUAGUAGGGGAUAGUAUAGAGGACGAGUGCCUGGAAGCAAGCGAUCUGCCAGAUGGAGAUGGCAUGCGGCGACGCAUGGAAGAAGUCGCUAUAGUGGAGCAGGGACUACAGGGGGUGAGCCACGAGUGCGGGCAUGUACUCAACCAGGCGCUCGACGUUUACCUCAAGCGGAUCAUCGGAGCUUCCGUGGAGUUUGUACAGUCGAGGAGGAAAGAUGGAGGAGACAAGCAGCAGCAUGGAUUCCAGAGCUCAACGUCGUCGGUAGCGGCGGCACUGAAUGGUGUGGUUUGGGGUGGAUCUUCGCACCACCUCUUGCAAGGCCCGGCAGGAGUGGUGGAGUCGAAACAGCUUGUUGGUGGUGCUGGUGCUGGUGCUGGUGCUGCCGCUGCUGGGCAGAUCUCGGCGUUGGAUUUCAAGGUGGCGAUGGAGGCCAACCCGCAGCUGCUGGGAGAGAACCAGCCGCUUCACCUGGAGCGGAUCAUGCUGCGGGUGUUUGACGAGCAGGAGAAGCGAAACUUUCGUCGCCACCAUGAGCAGCAGUUGCAACCAUCGGCGCAGCUGCAACCAUUGCCAGCAUUGCAGCAACCGCAGUUACAACCAUCACAGCAUCAACAUCAACAUCAACAACAACACCAACACCACCAUCACCAGCAGCAGCAGCAGCAGCACCAUCACCACCUUCACCACCACCACCAUCAUCAGCAGCAGGCACAACACCAGCAUCAACAGGAGCUACAACACCAGCAGCAGCAGCAGCAGCAGCGACAAGUUUUGUAAUAGUUCUCAAGCACAGGUUCUUGUGAUUUCUACCUCUCUUCUCUCCUCCAUCUUUUCUUCGUUUACUCCCCUCUCCCCCUGGGUUUACUCUCGUUGUGUAUCAACACACAUUCCUUUUGGAGUUUGGAAUGGGGAACCACUGUAGCAAAGCUUCUCUUUCUCUCUAAUGACGGAAUUGACCAUCGUUGA